AUGUGUGGUAUUUGUUGUGUUGUUACCUUGCCUAGCCAGCACACUGUUCAUCAUUCCUUUAAUGAAGACAUGCACUGCUGUCUGAGAAGAAGAGGACCAGACAGUAACCAACAGUUGAUAAAAACUGCAUCUGAUCUGUCUUAUAAGUGUCUGUUUUCUGGCCAUGUACUUCACUUGAGGGGAGUACUGACUCCUCAGCCUCUGGAAGAUGCCAAUAACAGUAUUUUCCUUUGGAAUGGAGAAAUUUUCAAUGGAUUGCCUGUAGGAGAUACAGAAAAUGACACUGAAGUUAUGUUUCGUCAUCUUGAAUUAUGCAGUAAUGAAGCUGAUAUUUUGUCGCUCUUUUCAUUGCUUCGGGGUCCGUGGUCUUUUAUUUAUUAUCAAGCUUCUAAACACAGUUUAUGGUUUGGUAGAGAUUAUUUCGGUCGUCGUAGUUUGCUUUGGCAAUUCAGUAAUAAGAUUGAUGGGGCUUUCUGUCUCACAUCCGUAAGCGUUUACUCUGAAUCUGGUAACCACUAUCAAGAAGUCCCAGCAUCUGGAAUUUUCAAAAUUGAUCUCAAAGCUUGGGCAACAACUAAAUCUUUGUCUUUAACGUUCUUUCCGUGGAAGUACAGCUGCUCAGAGAAAACAGUAGAAGAAAUAUUCAUUAAUGUUCUGGACCAAGUUUCAAAAGACUUACCAAAUCACAUACCUCUUGUGAUGAAUGAAUCAAAACUAUGUCUAAGAGCACCAGUUAUCCCCUUAAAUAAAACAAUUUCUGAAGCCUCAGGUGAAUGUGCAAGCACUAAUAUUAGUGACAUUACCCCUACGGUUUCCGUUGAAACUCUUCAAGAAUUUCUUGCAAAGGGACACAGGAAAAAAUUAGUCCAUCUGUUUAUUGAUGUUUUAAAUGAAGCAGUGAAGAGGCGGGUUUUAUUACUCUUUAGAAAUGAAGAACAGGAGACAAGAGAAGUUCAAAGCCUUUCUCAUGGGAAAGCCCGUGUUGCAGUGCUCUUUUCUGGUGGUGUUGAUUCUAUGGUUAUUGCAGCCCUUGCUGAUCGACACGUUCCUUUGGAGGAACCAAUUGAUCUUCUCAAUGUAGCUUUCAUGAUGAAAGAACAAGCUAAGCAAAAGGGUACUACUAAAAAACAUACCAACCAGGAAAUAAGGCUUGAUUUGCAUAGCCGUCAAGAAAGUUGUAAAGAGACGGAUGCUAAAACUGGUGGUCAUUUGUCUUGCUUUGAUGUUCCUGACAGAAUCACUGGUAGGGCAGGACUGAAAGAAUUAGAAGCCCUUAACCCCUCAAGAAUCUGGAACUUUGUGGAAAUUAAUGUUACACUAGAGGAAUUGAAAGAAAUGAGACAACAACACAUCAAUCACUUAAUUUAUCCACUGGAUACAGUCUUGGAUGACAGCAUCGGCUGUGCAAUUUGGUUUGCUUCCAGAGGGGAGGGGUCUAUUAGUAAACAAGAAGAAAUGAAACCAUAUAAAAGUCCUGCAAAGGUUGUGCUUACAGGCAUUGGAGCAGAUGAACAACUUGCUGGGUAUUCUCGCCAUCGUGUUUGCUUCAAAAAAUACGGCUUAGAAGGUCUGAAUAAAGAACUUGAAAUGGAGUUAGGACGCAUUUCUUCUAGAAAUCUUGGUAGAGAUGACAGAAUUAUUGGUGAUCAUGGAAAAGAAGCCAGGUUUCCUUUUCUUGAUGAAGAUGUUGUUUCAUUCCUCAAUUCACUGCCUAUAUCAGAAAAAGCAGACUUGACUUUACCUCGAGGAAUUGGUGAGAAAUUGAUUCUGCGUCUUGUAGCCAAGGAGCUUGGUCUUCAAGCCUCAGCUGUUCUGCCAAAAAGGGCUGUACAAUUUGGAUCUCGGAUUGCAAAACUGGAGAGCAACAGUGAAAAAGCAUCUGACACCUGCAGCCGACUGAAGUUACUUUCAGUAGAUGAAUUAUAAAGCUGCAUCCAAAAUGUUGUAUUUAUCCUAAAUGUACAUUCAGUAAAUCUUUAUUGGUUGUUUUUUUU